CAAUUUAUACAUGACAUAUUCUGCAUUUUCUACCAAAAGUUAUGUAUGUCCUUCUAUUACGGUCUUCUGCUGGAUUUCCUUCCCUUGAAAAAUGCAUGCUCCCCAAAUUAUGUUAGGCUUGAAAUUUGUGCUGAAUACAAAGAUACCGUGUGCCAUGGAUGAUGACUUCUCUCUAGAACAAAAAGUGCCAUUGGGUCUCAUAACGGGGAUAAAGUUUGAUGUUUUAACUGAGACAGAUAGAGAGUAUAUAUCUGCAUUGCAGAUUAAUGCAGCUGGGCAGGUCACGUGUUCUGAUUUGGGUCUUCCAAAUCCAUAUCAGGAGUGCUCCACAUGUGGUGCUAAGAACAGGAAAAUCUGUGAAGGUCAUUUUGGAGUUAUCAAAUUUCCUUUUCCGGUGUUCCACCCAUAUUUUCUCUCUGAGAUUUCAGAAAUUUUGAACAAAAUUUGCCCUGGAUGUAAGUCUAUUCGACAAGAAGUGUUGUCAAAGGUUGCUUUUUCAAAAAACAAGCAACUCAUAGGUUGCAAAUAUUGUGCUGGAAGUUCAACGGGGUUGUAUCCAACAAUGAAAUUCAAAGUUUCUUCCAACGAUCUAUUCAGAAGAACUGCAAUUAUAGUGGAAACAAAUGAGAAAAAUCCGAAGAAAAUUUUGAGAGGAUUGCCUGCUGAUUAUUGGGAUUUUGUUCCAAGAGAUGAUCAACAAGAAGAAAGUUGUAUGAAAAUGAAUAGAAGGGUUUUAUCACCUGCUCAGGUUAAUGAUUUGUUGGGUGAUGUCGAUCCAAGUUUCAUUGAAAAAUUUGUUUCACGGAGUAAUUUGCUUUUUCUCCAUAGCUUCCUAGUGACGCCAAAUUCUCACCGUCUGACAGAAAUCAUGCAUGCUUCUUCGAAUGAGAACCGAUUAUUUUUUGAUGACAGGACAAGGGCUUGCAAGAAAAUGGUUGACUUCAGAGGCACAGCUGAUGAGUUAAUUUCUCGUGUUUUGGAUUGUCUGAGGAUCUCUAAGCUAAAUCCUGAUAAAACACCAGAUAAUAGUUUUGCUGCUCUUCAGCAAAGAAAGAUUAAAGAAAAUGCUUGCACCUCAUCUGGUUUGAGAUGGAUGAAAGAUGUAAUUCUUGGGAAGCGCAAUGAUCAUUCAUUCCGCACUGUAGUUAUUGGUGAUCCAAAUCUUGAGCUUGGCCAAAUUGGUAUACCGUCUCAAAUUGCAGAAAGUUUGCUGGUUUCUGAACAUGUUAAUGGGCACAAUAUGAAAAGAUUGCUUUCUUGCUGUGAGCUGCUUUUAUUAAAGAAGGGGCAUAUACGUGUCUCUAGAAAAGGCAAACCAUUGUUCUUGCGUAGAAAAGAAGACCUCAAGAUAGGGGACAUGAUUUAUAGACCUCUUAGUGAUGGGGAUAUGGUCUUGAUAAAUAGGCCUCCUUCUAUACACCCACAUUCGCUGAUUGCCUUUGUUAGGGUCCUUCCCUUGUUGAAUGCGGUAUCUAUUAAUCCACUAUGUUGUUCCCCACUGCGUGGUGAUUUUGAUGGGGAUUGUGUACAUGGUUAUAUUCCACAAUCAAUUAGUUCAAGAGCUGAGUUGAAUGAGCUAGUUACUUUGGACAAGCAAUUAAUAAAUGAGCAAAGUGGUAGAAAUCUACUUUCGCUUAGUCAAGACAGUUUAACUGCUGCUUAUUUGCUUAUGGAUGAUGGGGUUUUGUUAAAUAUUUAUCAAAUGCAGCAGCUCCAAAUGUUUUGCUCCCAUAAAUUGAUACCGCCUGCAAUAGUAAAAGUUCAUUCUAGUUAUUCCCGUUUUUGGACUGGCAAGCAAUUAUUUAGCAUGCUCUUGCCACCUGAUUUUGACUACUGUCCUUCAAGCGGUGUUUUUAUUAGCAAGGGGGAGUUAAUAUCAUAUUCUGAUUCUCCCACUUGGUUACGUGACUCUGACUGUAAUAUUUAUCAGAGCUUGGUGCAACAUUACCAGGAGAAAUCUCUAGGCUUCUUGCAUGUAGCGCAGGAAGUUCUUUGUGAGUGGUUGUCUAUGACUGGGUUUAGUGUAUCACUCUCAGACUUGUACCUUUCUUCUGACUUCUACUCACGCAAAAAUAUGAUGGAGGAAAUCUCCUAUGGUUUGCAAGAAGCAGAAUAUGCAUGUAAGUUUAAACAGUUGUUGGUGGAUCAUCAUCAAGAUGAGAUUUCGGGAAAUGGGGAAGAGAAACUAAACUCCUUGGUUGUUGAAGCAGAGCAUCUAAAUUAUGACAGGCAAAUAUCUGCAGCUCUCAGUCAAUGCUCGGUUGAUGCAUUCAGACAAGUUUAUAGAGAUAUUCAAAGCUUAGCCAUCAAAUAUGGAUCCAAGGAUAAUACCUUGCUUACCAUGUUCAAAGCUGGAAGCAAGGGUAAUUUACUGAAAUUAGUGCAGCAUGCCAUGUGUCUUGGCUUGCAGCAUUCUCUGGUUCGCCUUUCAUUCAAAAUUCCGCAUCAACUUUCAUGUGCUGCUUGGAAUAGUCAAAAGGAACUUGAUUCAAUCCAUAUGUUUUAUGAUACCCCCGUAUCUGCUCAGUCUUACAUUCCAUAUGCUGUGGUUGAAAGCUCAUUUCUGACCGGGUUGAAUCCUCUUGAAUGUUUUGUUCAUUCAGUUACAAGUCGAGAUAGUUCAUUCAGUGAUAAUGCAGAUCUACCUGGAACUCUGACACGAAGACUUAUGUUCUUCAUGCGUGAUUUGUACCUUGCAUAUGAUGGAACAGUGAGAAGCUCAUAUGGUAGCCCGCUUAUAAAGUUCUCAUAUGAUACAAAUGAGGACUCAUCUGCUGAUAUCUAUUGUAACGAGGGCACUAUGGGUGGCCGACCUGUUGGAGCACUUUCUGCUUGUGCAAUUUCUGAAGCUGCAUACAGUGCUUUGGAUCAGCCAAUUAGUCUACUUGAAACAUCACCUUUGCUGAAUUUGAAAAAGGUGCUAGAGUGUGGUUCGAGGAAAAAAAGCGGUGACCAGACAGUGUCUUUAUUUUUGUCUGAGAAUCUGAAUAGACAGAGAUAUGGGUUUGAAUAUGGAGCCUUGGAAGUUAAAAAUCAUUUGGAGAGGCUGAAAUUUUCAGACAUUGUUUCUACUGUCAUGAUAAUAUUCACUCAACAGAAUUCUAUGUCACGAAAAUUGAGUCCUUGGGUGUGCCAUUUUCAUAUAAACAUGGCGAUUUUAAGGAAGAGAAAGCUAAAAGUGCAUUUGAUCAUUGACUCUUUGUCCCAAAGAUGGAAAUCACAAGCCCAAAGAUGUAAAUCACAAGCCGCUCUUCCCAGUUUAGAUAUAUCAAGCAAGAAAUGUUUUAUGGCUAGCAAUGAUGAAAAAGGUGAAGAUCAUUGUUGCAUCACUGUCGCACUUGUUGAAAAUCCUAGGGACCCUAUACAGCUGGAUUUUGUUCAGGGCUGGUUCAUACCUUUCCUUCUAGGAACUGCAAUAAAAGGUUUUAUGGACGUCAAAAAGGUAGAUAUCCUGUGGAGUGAUCGGUCAAAAGUAUCAAAAUCUAAUAAUUCUUCUGGUGAGCUGUACUUGAGGGUCACUCUGUCCCAGGACUUUGGCAGUGGAAGGUUUUGGAGGACACUUGUGAAUCAUUGCCUCCCGAUACGACAUCUAAUUGAUUGGACACGUAGUCAUCCAGAAAACAUACAUCAUUUCUGUUCAACCUAUGGAAUAGACUCCGGGUGGAAAUAUUUUCACAAUAGUUUGGAAUCUGCAAUAUCAGAUACUGGCAAGAUUGUCCUUCCUAAGCAUUUGCUUCUAGUUGCUGAUAGUCUAUCAGUUAGUGGAGAAUUUGUGGGAUUGAAUUCUAAAGGCAUGACACGGCAAAGACAACAUGCAUCUGUUGCAUCACCCUUUGUGCAAGCAUGCUUCUCUAAUCCUGGCAGUUGCUUUAUAAAAGCUGCUAAAGCUGGAGUUAAGGAUGAUCUCCAGGGCACUCUAGAUGCAUUGGCUUGGGGAAACUGUCCUUCCAUAGGGACAGGUGGCCAGUUUGAUAUAAUGUAUUCCGAUAAGGGAUAUGAGCUCGAUAAGCCUGCCAAUGUAUACAAGUUACUGGAAGAUAGUUUGGAUGAGCCGGCUCAAAAGAUUGGUACUUGUGAAGCACAAAUAUAUUUAUCUGACAAAUGCGGUGCUAGGUAUAAGAAAUUUUGCUAUGACUUUGAAAAGAUCAAAGAGGAGCUCAAAGAUAAAUUCAUCAGAGAGUCAAUAAGAAAAUAUUUUACUGUGGCUGAUAUUCUGAAGCUGGCUAACAAGUCAAGGCACAUGUUAAAAGAAUAUUCUUUGGAUCAGCGACUUAAUGAGGAGGACAAGCAAAACAUGUUCAAGGUUAUAUAUUGUCAUCCUAAAUGCAGUGAAAAGGUUGGCACUGGGGUAACGGACAUAAAGGUUGGACAACAUCCUUUGCAUAAGAAUACUCGCUGUUUCUUUAUAGUAAGGACAGACGGGACUGUUGAAGAUUUUUCUUACCGUAAAUGCAUUCAUCAUGCUCUGGAGAUCAAAGCACCAACAAGGGCAAGGCAAUAUAAGCAGAACUGGUUGGGAAACAUGUAAAACAUUUUGGUAUGCAGCCAACUGACAAAUAAAGCACGAGGUCUGAAGUCAUCACUACAUUAUACUGCUGAAGGUGACCAAUCUGGAGCCUGAUUUUGUCACAAGUAUUCCCUAAGCUACUUCUAUAUGCCUGUCCGGCCUAAUAACUGACAAAUAAAAGCUGAGGUAUGUUUCGCCUGAAGUCAUCAUGAUCACAAACAGCUGGAAGAUGACUAAUCUGGAGCCUACUUUUGUUGUAAGCGUUCUCAAAGCUAGAGUUUAGCACCUAACCCAUCAUAGUUUCUGGAGUUCUAUUCUUCUUGGAAAGCUGUAUAUUUUCAUUCUGACCAGAACACCAUCCAAAGGGUGUCUACAAGUUGAAGGCGCCAGAAAAUAUUUGUAAUGCAAUAUCCUAACUUCUAUAAUUCAAAAUAUAUUUGUGGUUCCUUUCCCUCAGCUUCUUUUUGCUACUUCCGCUAAUGCUUUAUUUGCCUUGGGUAAGUUAGGCAAAGAAGAUCUAGCGGAAGCAGCAACGAGAAGCUCGCAAAGGUCAACCCUGAACUCGAUGUAUUUCCGAAUUAUAUAAUUGCGGCAAUAGGAAAAAUAUUUGUCUAGACUCUGUUUCAAUAUUUCUGAAUUGUAUUACGUUUGCAA